AUGGAUUCAAUCCGAGGCGUCUUGCUCGGGCUCUUGCUCCUGGCUUCCAGCAUCCGACCCGGCGCUCUGUCGCUUAGAGCUGCUCUCCGAAAACCAGGCAAGGUGGGGCCUCCUCUUGACGUCAAGCUGGGUGCCCUGAACUGCACAGCUUUCAGCAUCCAGUGGAAAAUGCCACAGCAUCCUGGAAGCCCAGUCACUGGAUACACUGUCUUUUACUCUGAAGUCGAUGCAGAUAAGUCCCUGCAGGAGCGGUCACACAGUGUGCCUCUCAGCCAGGAUACCCCAGUUGCUGUACAACCUGAUCAACAGGCAAUUUUUGAAGAAGUGAUUGGAGAUUUGAAACCAGGAACUGAAUAUCGAGUGAGCGUAGCAGCUUACAGCCAGACUGGCAAAGGGCGGCUCAGCCCCCCUCAGCACAUUACCACGUUGUCCCAAGAUUCCUGCCGGCCUCCAGCGGCACCCCAGCAGCCACGUGCCCUUGUGGUUUCUGAUUCGGAGGUGGCCCUAUCUUGGAAACCUGGACAGAGUGAAGGACGCUCCCCUAUUCAGUACUAUUCCGUGGAAUUCAUCAGGCCAGAUUUUGACAACAAUUGGACCUUAAUCGAAGAGCAGAUCCAAAUGGACUCCAUGGUCAUCAAGGGCCUUGAUCCAGAUACCAACUACCAGUUUGCCGUGAGGGCCGUGAAUCCCCAUGGCCCCAGCCCACGCAGCUGGCCCAGUGACACCAUCCGAACCCUUGGCCCUGAGGAAGCAGGAAGUGGCCGUUAUGGACCUCGUUACAUCACAGACAUGGGUGCUGGAGAGGAUGAUGAUGGAUUUGAAGACGACCUAGAUCUGGACAUUUCCUUUGAGGAGGUGAAACCACUUCCUGCUACCAAAGGAGGGAAUAAGAAAGUAUUGGUGGAAACUUCUCUGUCUGACCCCCAGUCCAUUUCCAGACCUGCCCCCACUACCUCAGCAUCUUUCCCCACAACUACCGUGGCUCUCCAGCCCACUCCAGCAGAAGGGAAGGGGAAGAAGGGUGUAGCCACGAUGUCGAGGCUCUUUGAGAAGUCUUGUGAUGAGAUCCUCUGCCCUGCUGACAGCUUUUGUGUCAAUGACUACACCUGGGGGGGCUCACGAUGCCAUUGCAACCUGGGCAAAGGUGGCGAGAGCUGCUCAGAUGAUAUUCUUAUUCAGUAUCCUCAGUUCUUUGGCCACUCCUAUGUAACUUUUGAGCCUCUGAAGAACUCCUAUCAGGCAUUUCAGAUAACUCUUGAAUUUAGGGCGGAGGCAGAGGACGGCUUGCUGCUCUACUGCGGGGAGAACGAAUAUGGAAGGGGCGACUUCAUGUCCCUGGCUAUCAUCCGACGCUCCCUGCAGUUCAGGUUUAAUUGUGGAACAGGGGUCGCUAUCAUUGUAAGUGAGACUAAAAUCAAACUGGGGGCCUGGCACACAGUGGUGCUCUACAGAGAUGGGCUGAAUGGGCUGCUGCAGCUGAACAAUGGCACCCCCAUGACAGGCCAGUCCCAGGGCCAGUACAGUAAAAUUACCUUCCGGACACCUCUAUAUCUUGGUGGGGCUCCCAGCGCUUACUGGUUGGUCAGAGCAACGGGAACAAACCGAGGCUUUCAAGGCUGUGUGCAGUCGCUUUCGGUUAAUGGGAAGAGAAUGGAUAUGAGGCCUUGGCCGCUGGGGAAAGCCCUUAGUGGGGCUGAUGUGGGGGAGUGCAGCAGUGGAAUAUGUGAUGAGGCCUCGUGCAUCAAUGGUGGCACCUGCACAGCAAUCAAAGCCGACUCCUACAUUUGCCUCUGUCCCCUUGGGUUCAAAGGUCGACACUGUGAAGAUGCUUUCACCUUGACCAUCCCUCAGUUCAGAGAGUCUCUGAGAUCCUUCGCUGCCACGCCCUGGCCCCUGGAGCCCCAGCAUUACCUCUCCUUCACUGAGUUUGAGAUCAUGUUUCGGCCGGACGCAGGGGACGGUGUUCUCCUAUACAGUUAUGACACAAACAGCAAGGACUUCCUGUCCAUCACGAUGGCAGGCGGCCACGUGGAGUUCCGUUUUGACUGCGGCUCUGGGACUGGUGUUCUGAGGAGUGAAGACGCCCUCACCCUGGGCCAAUGGCACGAGCUUCGUGUAUCUCGCACAGCGAAGAAUGGCAUCUUACAAGUGGAUAAGCAGAAGACAGUAGAGGGAAUGGCAGUGGGAGGCUUCACGCAGAUUAAAUGCAACACGGACAUUUUUAUUGGUGGAGUCCCCAAUUAUGAUGAUGUGAAGAAGAACUCAGGCGUCCUCAAACCAUUCAGUGGGAGUAUCCAGAAGAUCAUCCUGAAUGACCGAACCAUCCAUGUGAAGCAUGACUUCACGUCUGGUGUGAAUGUGGAGAAUGCAGCCCACCCCUGCGUGGGGGCCCCCUGUGCCCAUGGGGGCAGCUGCCGGCCCAGGAAGGAUGGCUAUGAGUGCGACUGCCCCUUGGGCUUCGAGGGCCUGCACUGCCAGAAAGCCAUCACAGAAGCCAUCGAGAUCCCGCAGUUUAUUGGCCGCAGUUACCUGACAUAUGACAAUCAAGAUAUCCUCAAGAGGGUGUCAGGAUCAAGAUCAAAUGCAUUCAUGAGGUUUAAGUCAACUGUCAAGGAUGGCCUGUUAAUGUGGAGGGGAGACAGCCCCAUGAGACCCAACAGUGACUUCAUUUCCCUGGGCCUUCGGGAUGGAGCCCUGGUGUUCAGCUACAACCUGGGCAGUGGUGUGGCAUCCAUCGUGGUGAACGGCUCCUUCAAUGAUGGCCGGUGGCACCGGGUCAAGGCUGUCAGGGAUGGCCAAUCAGGAAAGAUUACCGUGGAUGACUACGGAGCCAGAACAGGCAAGUCACCUGGCAUGAUGAGACAACUCAACAUCAACGGACCUCUGUAUGUGGGUGGAAUGAAGGAGAUCGCUCUGCACACUAACAGGCAGUACAUGAGAGGCCUCGUGGGCUGCAUCUCUCAUUUCACGCUGUCCACCGAUUACCACAUUUCCCUCGUGGAAGAUGCUGCAGAUGGGAAGAACAUCAACACUUGUGGAGCCAAGUAA